AUGCCGAACCUGAGAAAGGCAAUGCGGAAAGCAGGGAGUGAUUUUCGGUCAGAUGUUUCGACCGUACCCACAGAAAGAAUGAUGCAGACCAUUUUCAAAGCCUCAGUUGGCAAUGAUAUAUAUGACGAAACUGGUGAUCUCUCGGUCAACAGCCUCCAGGACAAACUCAUCGAACUCACAGGAAAAGAAGUGGCGCUAUGA